CCUGCCUUUUUGUCUUCCCCCCUCUCUUCUUGUUUAGUAGCACAGCUUAGUUUGGAGGGGGGGUCUAAUGAUUAAUCCAGAACAAGAAAUUGGGAGGAAAAGCAUUGGCUAGCUUCUGGAUGUGAGCUGAUGAGCAUUAUUAGCUAGGCUAUCUGUUAUUAUAUAUAGUGCCAGCAGAAGUGAGAAGGGCACAUGAUGGAAACUCACAAUGCACGACCAGAGAAUGUAAAGUGGGCUCUGCAAAGCUCUACAGUAGUCAGAUGAUUUUAAGGGCUGUGUCUGGGCUCUUCAGGUCUCGUAUUUCAACGUAUUAGGAGGAGUGUCAACGUUUGAAAAAAGAUAGAAAGGAAUAAGCAAGAGACAAUUGCAGAGCCAAUUUGAAGGCUGCCCUUUAACGGAACGAACCAAGCAAGAAGGAGCCAAAAUGACUGAGAAAAUGAAGAGGAGUUUGAAAGAUAAAUUGAUCCUGAAGAACAGCUUGGUGAAGGAGGCUCUCUCCGAAUUCCUGGGAACAUUCAUUAUGAUAGCCCUGGGAUGCGGGAGCAUUGCGCAAUCUGUCCUUAGCAGAGGAGAAAUGGGAGGAGCACCAGUGAUAUCCCUUGGCUUUGCCAUGGCCGUCACCAUUGCCAUCUAUGUCUCUGGAGGCGUUUCAGGUGGUCACAUAAACCCAGCUGUCUCAUUUGCCAUGUGCCUGACAGGGAAGAUGAGAUGGGUCAAAUUUCCCAUUUACGUCAUAGCACAAUUUCUCGGGGCGUUUGUCGGAGCAGUUGCCGUCUUUGCGAUCAACUAUGAUUUACUUAUGUUCUACACUGGUGGAGAGUUCACUGUCACAGGAGUAAAUAAAACUGCACAUAUUUUUGCAACUUACCCAGAAGAGUAUCUGUCCCUGACAAAUGGAUUUGCAGAUCAGGUGAUGUCAACAGCCAUCCUCGUUCUGGGUGUGUUUGCUAUCUUUGACACGGACAAUCUUGCUGUACCGAAGGGGCUAGAGCCUAUUGCCAUUGGUCUUCUCAUCAUCUUACUGACAUCUUCCAUGGCCAGGAACAGCGGUUGUGCCAUGAACCCCGCCAGAGAUCUAUCUCCACGGUUCUUCACCUACAUUGCUGGAUGGGGGCCAGAAGUAUUUACGGCUGGCUACCAGUGGUGGUGGGUCCCUAUUGCUGGCCCGAUGGUUGGCGCUGCUGUUGGGGCUGCUGUCUACAUGCUCUUCAUUGAACUUCACCAUGCCCCUGUGCAGCCACGCCAGAGCAAGGCCACCCACGAUAAAUAUGAACUCACGAAUAUGGAGGAAGAGAUGCAGCUCCAGAGAGGCUGCCCUCCCCCUACCCUUUAAAAAGGGAUGAUGAACAUGCCCCCGGAGCAGCCCUUGCAUGGGCCACCUGAGCCCUUGUGAGGCGUGCUGUGGCAGGCAGCAGAACCUUGUUUCCUCCCUCCAUGCAUUGCAAAGGUAGCUGGAAUGGAACCUGGAAAUGGCUGCAUGGCCUGGGGAAGGAAGUUUGCCCAUCCUCCUUUUACACCUUAGGUCGUCCCCCCCCCGAUGAGUCUAAAAGGGAGAGUAGUCCUCUGACUGGGUAAUGUCACUGGAGUUGCCAGGUCAGAUGCAUCCCAACCCCUGAGAUUUCAGGGGCGGGGCCUAGUGAUGUCAUGGGGCAGGGCCUAGUUAUGUCAUUAAGCAUGAUACAUUAAGCAUCAGCUACAGUUGCUUGGAGCAUACAAUUCAUACAAAAACAUUUCUCUGAUUGGAAAUUAAGAUAGAAAUCUUAGCUAAAAGAUGGAGCCUGGGUAGGGAACCUUUAAUCUAGCCCACUUGCUUCUGGCAAGAAAGGUUUAAGUGUCCUCAGUCCAGGACAGUCACCAGAAGGCCAUUGUAGGAAGAAGGGAGCCUAGUGUUGUGGAGAUAUUAGAUGGGAGCACUCAGGAGUAAAGAUGGAUGCCCCUGAAGGCUGCAAUUCUAAACACACUAACACUUACUAAUCCCCAUAGAACUCAAUAGGACUUAAUUCUGAGUAGAUAUGGUUUGGAUUGUGAUGUCGGUAAAGCUUGACUAGGGAUCCUCUGCAAAGAUAUCCAUAUCCAAGCAGGGUUGGCAACCUCCUGCCAGGAAUGCCCUGCCUGCCUUUUAACGUGGCUGCUCCAAACUUCUUUCCAGACUUGACCCUUCAGCACCUGCUAAAAUCAUUUUUUGUUUAGGCAAGCCUACCCAGGCAUAUAGAACCUAUUGUGUUUUAAUCUGUUUUUAACUCAUUGUUAGUUUUAUUAAUUUGAAUGUUUUUAAAUACCUUGUCUUUUAACUGUUUUUGCCAAUAAUUUUAUUGUUUUAAUUCCUUCUGUAAACCUCUUUAGGGAUGGAAAGAUCUGUCAAUUUCAGUUCUCUCAGUUUCUCACUUUUCUGAUGUUAAAUUCAGUCCUUUAUAUUUCUGCAGCAAUCUGCAUUUUUUUAAAAUCCUCAUGAAAAUUCUCCACCAUUUUAGUCCGAAUUUCUCCAAAUAAACACAUUUUUGUAGGCAGUUUUGACAGAGGUACACAUUUCUCAUCAUCCCUUCUGCAUGUUAAUUUCACUCAUACAUUUCUCUAAUAUAUGCAUUUUUAAAAUAUUGUUUAGUUGGCCAACUGCAUCCCAAAAUUCUAAUACAACGAAUUUCGAAGGAUGGUUGUGUUUCGGUUCUCAUAUUGUUUCGGAAAGUGUGAAUUUGAUAAAUUCUGCUUGAAAUGCAAACUGAACUGAGAUUCUCACCCAUCCCUAAACCGCUUUGAGAUUUUUUACAAUAAAGCCGUUUAUAAAUAUUGCAAAUAAAAUACAUAAAUAGAUUUCUGAGUCACUGUGGCCCUUGAGUCUCUUCCCACUUUUAGGCACAAAGGAAUCUGCCUUAUACUGACUCAGGCCAUUUGGUACCACCUAGCUACUGAUGACAUGGACUAGCAGUGGCUCUCCAGGAUUCCAGGCAAUAGUUUUUUCCAGAAAUUGAAUUUUGGACCUUUGCAUGCAAAGCACAUGUCCUACCAAUGAGCUACAACCCUUCCCCUGUUUAAAAAUUAAAAUAGUUCUUUUCAAUUCACUAAUGAAUGCAGAUCCACACCAUUCUUUUAAAGCACAUUCAACAUACAUUUGAAGCACAUAAAUCCCACCGCAGAAUCAUGGGAACUGUAGUUUCUUAAGAGUGGUGGGAACUAUAACUGUGAGGGGGAAACUACACUUCCCAGGAUUCUUUAAGGGAAGUCAUGCACUUUAAAUGCAGCUUCGAUGUUCUUUAAUUGUAUUGUGAGGAUCUACUUAAUAAACUUUGCCUAAAUGUAAA